ACCCAAUUCCCCAAAUCAUAGAAGCAUUCUUCAAUAAUUCAUAGCCAAAAACCUUGGAGCAACAACGUGGUAGAGGAGAGGCUACUUCAGAACACGUUUUGCUUUUUUUUUUUUUAUAAAUUUUUAAUUAUCUUUGAUUCUUUCGGAUACAAAAUCAAGAGACGUGUUCAUUUUUUUGGAGCAACAACGUUGUUGAAGAACAUGGUGUGCUUUUGUUUUCUUGUGGAUCAGACAAAGAAAGUGAAGCAGAGCAAGCCGGUGGCGGGGUCGUGCUCGCGGUGCGGCGGCGGUGCCAGCGUGGCGGACAUGAUUACUCAAACGAGAUUCUGCUUCGUUCCUUUCUAUUGGAAAUCUUGGAAGGCUAUUAUGUGCACUUUCUGUGGAGCCAUGCUAAAGUCUUAUAGAUGAGAAAUUACUCACAAAUUAACAAGGUUUUAAAUUGUAAUUGCGGUCAUGAUUUUUUGUUGCAUUUCUUGAUAUUAUAAGAAAUUGCAGAUAAAUACAACCUAUAUAUGCUACCUGCAGCCAUAAUUGCAAUUGUGUAGUGUCAAAAGACACUAAAAAAUCUUGAUGUUACAGAUUGCUAAUGAUGAGAUCAACAUGUAUGCACCAAACUAUCAUUUCUCUGUUAUAAAUAGCUACAUAUAGGAUAUUUUAAAUGUAUAGAAUACAUAUCUAUAUUUGAGGUCUAGUUGGGGAUAAGCUAUAAUGUAUUCUGGAGUUGUAAAUAUUGGAGCAAAAAUAUUAAUUUAAGUCUUUUUUAUUUCCUGUUCA